CGCGUAAGAAGGUAAAUAAGCUUAUCACUUCUAUCCCAAGUACGUCUGUCAGAAUUCAACAGUGGCUUUUCGCGGGUGGAGUCCCUUUCUUGACGGACAACACAGCGCUUUCAUUCCAAGCUUUGUGUCCUUUCUACUAUCGUCCUAUAGUGUCAGAUAAUAGACAACUAAAAUGUCAGACACACUCUGGCGUAGGCCGGCUUUUCUCGCUAUGAUGGUUGCCUUUGCAGUGAUUGCUCUGAGCGACUCCCGUGCAAACGCCGCACGCUCGCCGUCCCCAGUAAAGCUAUCGUUCCCACCUCCACCACCUCCCAUAACGAAGCGUUUUCCAUUCCUAUCUUGCGGGGCUAACGACUGCACCGAGACCCCUUUGGAGAUGGUCUUUGCCGAAGCGGAGAAGGGGUCGCAGGAAGGUGAUUGGCCAUCAGUUACCUUCCGCAUCCAGCGCAGAGCGAACUACGCGGGCAACAGCAGCAGCAGCUGUCAUUCAAUGCUGCGCGGGGUGAAGGAGCUUCGUAUCCGAUUGCACAACGCAACCCUCACCUCCAAGAUUACCGCAACCGUCAACGGCGCAGUGGUGAAUAGCUCCAUCAAGCUCCACCAGAAGGGCCCUGAGGGCCCAACCUACUUCCUCGUCGUACCCCUGCGCCAGCUCAGCGCACCGGAUUUCAAGACCGGAGCAACCGUCAACGUCCGAAGCAACAACCCAUUCAUGCCCAUCGUCAGCUACAUAGUCGACACGUCGCAGUUCGUUGGCGUCUACAACCUAACCAACGGAAAUGGUAAUGGCAAUACGCCGUACGAUGUGUACGACAAGGGCGUUACCUACAGCCUCGUCCGUACGGGCUCUGAUGCCUGCUGCCCUAAAUGUACGGCGCGCUUUCAGUACGGCACUCCGUCCAAGACCUGCUCCGGCUGCGGUGGCGGAAGCAUCUACAGCUACUGUGUUGUCAACCGUGUGAGCACCGACUGUCGAAAUGCGUUGAUACAGUGCCUUUUUGCACAGACUGUGUCCAACGCGUAUUACUUUACCAACAACAACCCUACGACCUGCUAUCAUUGCAGCUCCUCUAGCUCGCUCAACAUGUGUACAUAUACUGGCGUGACGAUUAGUGGGUCAACUUUCUGCUGCUCCAUUUCGCCUUAAGCCCGAGGUGAUUGCCACCUUUGCUGCCUACGCUACUGGCGGUGACACCGGCUGCUACAUACACAUGUCGGCUGGCUAAGGUUCCGCAGAGGGGUGCUGCAUGCGCCCGCAGCGUCUUUGUGCCGGCUAAUGGUGUUGAUCCUGCUGCCCCCGAGGGAGAGGGGAGGGAGAGAGGGGCAGAGCGAGAAGAGGGAAGAGAGAAGGAGGGUGAGGUGGGAGGUCUGCAGGCUGGCUGUGUGUUAAGAAAACUGGCCGCGAGGCGAAACGUACUGUGUACUGUGCGUGUGUGUAUGCGACGGCAAAGCGCAGGGUGGGAAUGCAGGGGGGAAGCUUCCGUGGCUACUUGUGGAUGCCUCUGGAGAGCGUGAUGAAGAAGUGGCAGUGUUGCUGUCUUUUGCAGCGGUUGUUCGGUUUCGGUAAUGUGAAGGCGUGUGUUAAGGCGUGUGUGUGUGUGCAGCGUGCCCUCCUUUCAGACGAAGUGGGCUUUCUAUGCCGGCCUGAGGAAGUGCCGCUCGGAAAUGUUAUGCUGGGGAUUAAGAAGAUUCGAAGCAUGGUAGCUAGGGUGACUUCGAAGAUGCGAAAUCCCGACGUUUUGGGGCUUUAUCCGGCUGAAAUUAAUGGGGUACGUGCCCGUAGCCGCAUGCGAGCGGGAUGAAGGGGGGUUAAAAGAGAGCGCCCAUGGGGCAGACGGCAGGUUUCAGCAGGAGCUGUUACUGGGUGCCGUGAAGUAGCGUAUGUUAGGGGUAUGUGGGUGGCCGGGCAAGCGGGCCGCUGCGCGGUCGGUAUCCCCGGUGUCGCCUUUGCUGCAGGACUGACACGUGCGUGCGGUUGUAUGACUGUGACGGGUGAGGGCUCCUGUUGUGGUGGUGGGUGGUGAUGGGGCAGGGGGAUGUCAGGGGGAUCCUGGUUGCCUUUCUCGGCACGGGUGCACACUGCUGUGAGGGCACGCGUGUGGGAUAUGGAGGCCUUAUUACUGAUACGUUUACGCCAGUGCGAAUAAUGACCUGAGCAGAUUGCGGAUGAUGGUUGUGGUGGUGGUGAUGAUAAUGGCUAUCUUGAUGUUCUCCCUGUUCGGUGCUUUUGGUUGACAUGAUUGGUGGGAGCUGUUGCUGCUGACGCGCUGCAGUUGCGGAGGAGGAGGCCGUACGAUGUAGGCCAUGUGACAAUCAUGCUGUACAGAUGCCGUUCAUGUAUGACAUUUACUUUUUUCUCUUUUCUUUCCUCGUUACGAUGACAAUUGCCCUUUUCCCAAUACCCCUGUACAUGUGGCAUGUUCUAGCCUUGACAGGAAGGGAAGGGUAGAGCUGUGUGAACUGUUAAGGGGCCGGUUGGUUGGUGUUAGUUGUUUGAUUGGUGUGAGAAAGCGCCCUCAGGCGUCGGGCGCUGUCUUCCAGCGAGAGUGCGUUGGGGAUUUAUAUCGGCGGAAGUUUGCGGCGAACACCGUUACUACCUUGCGAUCGCCAAAUCCGUUAACCUACAGAUGCGCCUCAUAUUGGUAGAUGCGUACUUGGGUUGGGGAGACAUGUGUGCGACACCCGACACUGGGGGAAUUCAUGACGGCCUCGUUCUAAACAUUUUCAUCCAUUGCUAGGUUGGGGUUUUGUUUGGGAGGAGGAAGUGUCCACAUGACGUGGGUCGGAUGCUUCUGGAGAGCUCUAUGAUGGCAUUCACGUGUUGGUGUUGAUAACGGUUUGGGGCGGUAUAAAGGUUGCAGGGCAGUUGGUGCCUCGUUACGUUACCCGCCUUUGGGGCACGGUUUUGUCUAAAACCGUGAUGGGUGAUUGCCUAGUAUGCGCUCAUGAUUGGCGCCUCCCAUUUGUGCGUGCGGGUGUGAUAAUUGGGUGUUCCCUGUUGGGUCAUCCCUUCAUGCUUGGCGGGUGUUGGCUGGGGGUGUAGGAGGCGUUUUCGCUCUUCAUCGUGUAUUAUGCAUAGAAGUAGGUAUUUGCGCACAUCUAUAUCAUGCAGUAGCCCAUUCUCUAUCUGCGUAUGUUUUUCAAAUUAGAUAACACGGUAAUCCUUGGUUCAGAAACGUAUUUGUUGACAGUUGCUUGACUCGUGUAAUACCAACAGCCC